AUGCGGGCACGCUUCAUCCUCCUGAUCUUCACCGUCAUUGGCCUUGUUCUCGCCGUGGCCGCUGCUCCCGCUUCCGGUGGGGGGAAGGUGGGCAAGAAAGCUCUCAAACAGUACCAGAUGAAGCGCAGGGAUGCGACGACACCUGCCGCGGUGGAUUGGAAGAAGCCCAAGCCAUCCAAGAUCUGGUGGGAUACUAUUCCCACUGCUAUUACAAACGACGUACAUGCAGCCUGGUCAGUUCUCGGAUGA